AUGGCUUUUGACGGGCUUGGAGAAAAGCUGAAAAGCUUAUUUAAGACAAAAGAAGAUCCCAGGUUUAAGGGCCAGGGUCGGCGCCUGGGAACUGCGGAGACGAACUCGUCCAAUACAAGGCCACAUCAACCGCAACUUCUCACUGGUGGCAGCCGCAACGCUGAUCAAGCCGGAGUCCUUGACACGUGCACAGUCCCUACCGAGCAGUCCUCUCCGCUAAAGCCGCCUCCGCAGCCCCUGGGGCCUGGCGGCGGCCGCCCCGCGCUGGUUCUCUCCCGCUCCCACCGCACCGAGGAUGUGGUGUUGGACGCGGCCGUCAUGGCCAACACCCCAACCAGCAAAGAGGCGGCAACGGGGCCAACGGGGCCAUGGGGGCCUUCCCAGGCCUCAAGGUUGGCGUGCCGCAAGGCAGCGGUGCAGGGGGCCGGAAUGCGGGAGUUGGAAGUGGCAGUGGCAGUGGCGCUCAUCCACAAGGGCCUGCGGCGGCAGCGGAUGGUGGAGGGGGUGGGGGUGGUGGCGGGCGAGGCGGGAGGAGUCACCAUCCGAGGAGGUCUGCAAACAGCAUGGUGGGUCGUUUCCACCAUCAGCACUCCCACCGCCGCUGAGAAGCGCAUGGGCGGGUUCCGCUGCCCCGCGCCCCCCACGGACGGUGCCAUGGCGGACUACGGACUGGCGCCCGCCACCUCCCAGGCCUACGAGCUGCAGCGCUGUCUGGCCCUGGUGCUGUCCAGUCAGCUCCUCUCAACAUCCAACUUGUCAACAUUGACCACGUCAUCAUCAGUGGCGUUGACAGCAGUGUCAGCAGUGCCGGCAGGAGGGGCACCCGCAGCAGCCCCAGCUGAGGCAUCCUCCUCCACCCCCGCCUCCCUACCCAGCGGCGACCCUGCUGCAGCUGCAGCUGCUGCUGACCACUCCAUCGUCCAGCUACAGCUCCAGCCCCAGUCGAGCGGUCUAGCCGCACAGCUUCAAUUGCAGAUCCGUCUUUCCAACCCCCGGGUGCAGGAGGCCAUUGUGGGUGUGCCGGGGGGAGUGGAGUUCCUGGAGGCGGCGGGUAAAAAGGCGGGGGAGCAGGGCUUGGGGGUCCUACGGGGGGAGACCUGGGACCUGCUCAUCACGGACUACGGGUCGGAGGCUUGCUCCCUGGUGCUUGCCUGUCGGGUCCCUGCCGUACCGGUCCCUGCCGUCGGUGAUCUGACCCCCUCCGCCCUCCCUCACGUGCACGGCUUCCAGAUGCGGUUCUGGCCCGACGACGGCAGUGAGCUGGCCAACCAGGGCUACCUUUUCCUUCCAGACGAUGUACCUCCCACUGCCCUGGCCGAGCCCUUCAGAAUACUGUCAGCGGUGAUGGCGGCACACGGAUUCAUGGCAACCACCACCACCACCACCACAACGGCGACGACGACCGGCACAACCACAAUACCAACAAACCCCGAGCCCACCACCACCACUACUACCGCCACUGCAGGCGCCACCACCUUACCACCAUCGGGAUACCCGCAACCACAAACACAGACACAGCACGAGCACAUGAAUAGGGUGGCUGGAUCCCAGGCAGCGGUAGGGGGCCCCUUCCCUGAGCCGGUACCCGCCGUCGAGCGCUGUACGCAGGUCUUCCUCCCCGUGGCAGCGGACGUUGAGGUUCCCGACUGGUUUUUCGACCGCACGGGUUCCGAGGUACGCGAGCAGUGGGCGGCCAUGGUGCGGAAGCGCGAGGAGGCGGAGAGGUUCAUGACGCGAACCAUGCGGGAAGUGCGGAGGCAGCAGGAGGCCGCCGCCGCGGCCGCCGCCGCAGCAGCAGCAUCAGGAGGUGUCGACAAGAACAACAACUUGGCGACGGUGCGGGUGCGCUUCCCCGAGGGUGUCUGCUUACAGGGCUCUGAACACUGA